GAGCUCCAACCAUCGCAUCAGGAGGGACCAAAAAGGCUCAGACCCAGUUACCCGUCUGCAACAGAACCGGAUCAGUUGCCAGCCCCAAGCCAGACACAGACACCAGCCGGGGCCAGGCCUGAUGUGCGACCAAAAGAAUGGCCGAGGAGACAGAAGCAUCGGUCAGUCCAGCAGUCAGCACUCCGGACUUCACACAGAGAUGACGCCGUCUCAACCCAGCCGCCUACGCCAAACGCCAGAGCUGCAUGGACUCAGAACACGGUGUCGUCCUCCCUUUCGGACUCUCACCCCCAAAGCUCUUUGUCUUCUUCUUCUUGCUGGCGUUCUCAGAGUCACAGCCCUUCAGCAUCUCCGUGUUUCAGCUCGUUAUCCUUAUCUGCCACCGCUUCCCUCUCGCAAAUGUCUGAAGAAAUCACGAGGCCGGAGGAUUUUCUGCGUGCUUCUUCGGCGUCUCUGGGUAAUGUGGCAUCCUACGCUUCUUUACCUGGAAGUAGUGAAAGCUUACGAUCAGAGGAUACCAGCUCAGGCACAGCCCCGAAGUUACAAAAUCGGUCCACUCUUGGGGCUGCCUUUCCCUCGCCAGGAAGUCUCGCAUCUUCGACCGUUGCACGCCCGAGCCACUCGGAGGAAAAGUCCAGAAGAACCGUACAAAAAGUGUAUAAACUUCUUCAAUCUGUCAAAAUAGAGAGCUCUUUUUUCCGAUCCGCCUCCUACCUGGCAGUGGAGUGUGAUAUAGACGAUUACGCACUUCCGCACCAGAAGGAACUCCUCCAAACUGCGGUGCGAAUGUGUGUGGUGCGCAGCCAACGUUAUCCAAACUCCGCAGAACUUCUUGAUUGCAUCAUCGACUCUGGCUAUAAGAUAGAGAGGAUCGUUGGCGAUUUCAUACAACUGUGCAACGACCACCAAGGCUUCCAGAAUCUUCCAUAUUUCAAAAAGCUACUCUCAGCUCAGCAGAAUAGGCCUGAUUCCAAUAAAUCAGUUCAAGAACUUCCUGAACAAUCAGGGGAGCGAACUGGGAGGGGUGGGGCACUUCAAAACAAUACAAAACGGUCAGGGAACAAUUCUGCUGAAGCCCCGGACGUCGUUGACAAUGAACACCAACCUGGGUCUUUAAUCAAUCGCCCGACUGAGGUCAAAGUUCAACCUUCUGGCCCGGCUGGUAGAGCCUCGAUAACGGAACCGCAGAACCAUCCGCGUCAUGUCCAGGAGCUGAGGGGGACAGUAGUAGAAGCAAACCCAGCGGCUUCAGCGAGGGGUUCAACUGCGUCAGGUUCAACAAGAGGACAUAGCAGUAGCGCGUCCGUGGAUUCAGCGGGGAAACCCCAACAGGUCAGGGGAAUUCCCGAUGACGUCAAGAGAAAUUCUAAUGACGUCAGGGCAGAGAGUACGGUUGACGCAGCAGAGACAUCAAGAAAAGAAAAUCAUGCGGAGGCCGGCAAUGAGGAAGACAGUAGAAACAAAGGAGCAUCAGCACCCACUGCGGGAAGGGAAACUGGAAGUGGAAACAGUCCAGCCGGAGCACCUUCCUCGCAGCAUACCCCAGCAGCGAGGGAGGGGGAGGGGGCGAGGGAGAGGGAGGGGGAGGGGGCGAGGGAGAGGGAGAGGGCGAGGGCCCGCGGGAGUCUGAAGGAUGUGGUGUCGCGAGAACAUGGCUACCUCCGGGGCCGCAUGACGUGUGCCGUGUGCACGGAGAGACAUGCAGAGACGACUUUCCUGCCGUGUGGACAUUUCGCCGUCUGCAGCUCAUGCAGCACAUCCUGCAACAAUUGUCCCGUCUGUCAUAAAAAAGUGCUGGCAGAGGUUAAGACAUUCUUGACCUGAUUUGUAUCAUGAAAUGUUUAUCAUUUGAGUAGAUGGCAUUCAUGC